AUGGGCAGCAGCAGAUCAUCCUGCAGAACACCACCGACAGCAAAGGCUCGCAACAAGAAGCGACAGCGACACUUCCUACAGAUCUCCGUGUCGACAUCAGGCCGCAAUGAGAGCUCCAUCUUCGACGACAUGACCGACAUGCAACGCAUGAUGGCGUUCAGCUACUUCUACGACCACCCGGAAGAGCUGCCAGAUAGGGAGAGCGGCGCAGCUCGAAGAGCAAAGCAGAAACCCCUGAAGAUCAAGGUCAAAUUCGACGAAGCGAUCUUCGAGAGGCAGCACUGCGUGCGACCGAUUCCAGUUGAUGAGCUGGAGGAAGUUGAUCCCAUGAGCUUGGGCUCGCCACAGUCUUCGGACAGCGAGGAGAGUGGGCUGUGCGAAUCGCCAUCGCUGCUAGAUCACUGGUACAAUCCGUUGUUUGCUAGAGGUUCUGGAAGGGCAGAGAAUAUGUGA